CGGCCGCUCGGCCUGGGCAGCGCCGGCACCCGCCCAUUGUUCGCCGUGGCACGGGCUGCCGGGGCAGGCGCAGCCGCGGAGGAAGGAUGUCGGUGGCGGGGCUGAAGAAGCAGUUCCACAAAGCGAGCCAGUUGUUCAGUGAAAAAAUUAGUGGGGCAGAAGGAACAAAACUAGAUGAAGAGUUUCAAGAAAUGGAAAGGAAAAUUGAUAUCACCAAUAAAGCAGUAGCAGAGCUUCUGUCCAAAUCCACGGAGUACCUUCAACCAAAUCCAGCAUACAGAGCUAAACUGGGAAUGUUGAACACUAUGUCAAAAAUCAGAGGCCAAGUUAAAACCACAGGAUAUCCCCAAACAGAAGGGCUACUGGGGGACUGUAUGCUGCGGUUUGGCAGAGAACUUGGAGAUGAUUCUACAUUUGGCCUUGCACUGAUGGAUGUUGGUGAAAGCAUGAAGCAGAUGGCAGAGGUGAAGGACUCUCUUGAUAUCAAUGUCAAACAAAACUUCAUUGAUCCUCUGCAAUUAUUACAGGACAAAGACUUAAAAGAGAUUGGGCAUCACCUGAAGAAACUAGAAGGCCGGCGUUUGGAUUAUGAUUAUAAAAAGAAGCGCCUAGGGAAGAUACCAGAUGAAGAAGUUAAACAAGCGGUAGAAAAAUUUGAGGAGUCAAAAGAGCUGGCAGAAAGAAGCAUGUUCAACUUCUUAGAAAAUGAUGUAGAGCAAGUCAGCCAGUUGGCAGUGUUUGCAGAGGCAGCGCUAGACUACCAUAAACAAUCCACGGAAAUUCUGGAGGAACUGCAAAGCAAGCUGCAAAACCGAAUAAAUGUAGCAUCUAGUCAGCCUAAACGUGACUUCAGACCAAAGCCUGUAAUAACAACAACUCUGGAAAUUGGUGAUAAUCAGCAGCACAAUGGGAUUUCAUACAGUUCUUCAAUAAAAUCACCAGGUUCUUCAAUGCACAUGGAUCAGCCUUGUUGCCAGGCUCUGUAUGACUUUGAGCCAGAAAAUGAAGGUGAACUUGGUUUUAAGGAAGGGGACAUCAUUACUUUAACCAAUCAAAUCGAUGAAAACUGGUAUGAAGGGAUGUUAAAUGGAGAGUCUGGCUUCUUCCCCAUUAACUAUGUUGAAGUGCUGGUAUCCUUGCCUCAAUGAACGUGUCGUCCAAGCUGUGAACAUAAUUUCAUGACCGAAAUGGAUUCACAAAUGUUCCAUCAGUGUGGCAUUCUGUGAAAGCCUUGCUCUUUGACUGACUUACUGACUUUUGUAUGCGUCUUUUUUAAAUGUAUUUAUUUUGUAUUCAAGAAAAUUACCUUCCUUGGUUACAUGAAAAUGCAAAAAAACCCUAGACCCAGUUUUUUUGCUUUGUGCCUUGAAGAUCACUGUAUGAAGUGUUCACUGGUAGCUCACUGUUGCUCCAACAAUGCAUUUCUUUGCUCCUUACUGUAUGUAGAUCCUUUUAUUAUUAUUAUUAUUAUUAUUAUUUUUAAAAUUCUUUGGGCUGCAAUGAUUUUACUAUUGAAAACCAUUUUUAAAAAUACUGUGAGUGAAGCUAACUGUAACUAGUUCCUAAGAGUUACUGAUGUCAUUGAGCCUUUUUCAUCCAUCACAGUGUAACUUAAUUGUGAACUUAAUCCAUGUUUCACAUUGUAUGUUGACAAAAGGCAGCGUGCUUGUCAGUUUUAAGACGUUGUUGUACUAAGUACAAGGUCUGAGUUGCAAAUUCCUAAAGUUUACUGACCAAACUUAAUAAACAUUACUGUGGGAGAAACAUGACUGCUGCAGAUGCUUA